UGUCCCCGCCUCAAGUCAGGACAAGCAGAGGGCUUAGGUGGCUGUUAUUGAGCAUGCUCAGUGCUACAUCGUGGGCUGGAUGGGAUUUAGCGACUUUAUAGAGGUUGACUAUAACGGAAGUGACAUUACUGUUCCGGAAACGGCAAGGAGGAGUUGUUGUCUUAGCUGCUGGAGUCGAAAGCGGUGACCUUUCUGGAAGGAGCGGAGCGGAACAACCUGUCAAGAUGGGUAUUCACUUUGGAAACUUGCAAAGAAUGAGGCAUGUGAUCACCUACAGCUUGUCUCCAUUCGAACAAAGAGCUUUCCCAAACUACUUCUCCAAAGGGCUUCUCAAUGUUUGGAGGCGAUUUAAUUCCCAGGUCUUCCGGGUGGCCCCUCCCUUCAUCAUAGCCUAUCUCGUUUAUUCCUGGGGGACCGAAGAAUUUGAACGUCUGAAAAGGAAGAACCCAGCUGACUAUGAAAAUGACGAAUAAUCUGACUGAUAACGAAGAAAACAGUUGCCAACAUUAUUCUUGUUCUUGGCUUGUGGACAUGCAUAUACAAGUAUUUAAAGUAACGCUCAAUAAACCUUUCUUCCGUUCUA